AGUGUUUGGUUUCCGCGCGGAGUCAAUAUGGCAACCACGAGCCGCGAAAGAAAACCAGGCGAUGAGCCUCUGGAUGAGGGGAUGGAGACCGACAGGUCGGUGCUGAGGUGCGGCAGUGGGAGCGGAGACAAUUCCUUCAACAGUGUCUCCAAUCGUGUCCCCCACUGUCCUCUGACGCCUUCUUUGACUCCCCGAAAACGGACGACGAGCCAGUGCAAGACCGAGCCUCCUCUCCUGAGGACCAACAAGAGGACCAUCUACACUGCAGGCAGACCACCGUGGUACAACGUCACUGGGACCACCUUCAAAGAGGCCUUCGUCAUCGGUCUGUGUGGAGGAAGUGCCUCUGGGAAAACCACUGUGGCCAAUAAGAUCAUUGAAGCGCUGGAUGUUCCCUGGGUGGUUCUGCUUUCUAUGGAUUCUUUCUACAAGGUGCUGAAUAAAGAAGAGCAGGAUCUGGCUGCUAAAAACGAGUACAACUUCGAUCACCCCGACGCCUUCGACUUUGAGCUGCUGGUCAACGUCCUCAGGAAGCUGAAGAAAGGAAAAAGCAUCAAAGUGCCGGUUUAUGACUUCACCACUCACAGCAGACGCAAAGAAUGGAAAACAGUUUAUGGAGCCAAUGUGGUCAUCUUUGAGGGCAUCUUGGCGUUUGCCAACAAAGAGCUGCUGAAGCUCCUGGACAUGAAGGUGUUUGUAGAAACGGAUUCGGACAUCCGCCUGAUCCGGCGGCUGAAGAGGGACGUCUCCCAGCGAGGGCGGGACAUUAACGGCGUCAUCAAACAGUACAAUAAGUUUGUGAAACCCGCAUUCGAGCAGUACAUCGAGCCCACGGUGCAGGUUGCUGAUAUUGUGGUCCCUAAAGGUGGAGACAACUUUGUGGCUUUAGAUCUGAUUGUUCAGCACGUUCACAGUCAGCUGGAGAAGAGGAAGCUCCGCUGGGACAUAUCAGCUCUGGCCUCGGCUCACCAGGGUCAGCCUUUACCCAAAACCCUCAGUGUGCUGGAGAGCACGCCACAGGUCCGCGGCAUGCACACCAUCAUCAGGAACAAGGAGACGAACCGAGACGAGUUCAUCUUCUACUCCAAGAGAUUAAUGAGGCUGCUGAUAGAACAUGCCCUCUCCUUCCUGCCUCUCAAGCCCGUUUCCGUGGAAACGCAUCAGGGUACCAUCUACGAGGGGAAAAGGCUGAGUGGAAAAAGAAUCACGGGUGUUUCCAUCCUGAGAGCGGGGGAGACGAUGGAGCAGGCUCUGAUGGCCGUCUGUAAAGACAUCCGACUCGGGAAGAUCCUCAUUCAGACCAACCACGACACCGGAGAACCAGAGCUUCACUACCUCCGUCUACCCAAAGACAUCAGCGAGGACUACGUCAUCCUGAUGGACAGCACCGUGUCCACCGGAGCGGCCGCCCUCAUGGCCGUCAGGGUUCUGCUGGACCACGAUGUGGCCGAGGACAAGAUCUUCCUGUUGUCCCUGCUGAUGGCGGAGAUGGGCGUCCACUCGGUGGCGUACGCCUUCCCUAAAGUCCGCAUCAUCACCACGGCCGUGGACAAGGAGGUCAACGACCAGUUCCACAUCAUCCCAGGGAUCGGUAAUUUUGGAGACCGUUACUUCGGCACGGACGCUCCGUCAGACUUUUGUGAAAGUGACGACGGGAUGGACCUCUGAGGAGGACGAAGGAGUAAAGAUUGUUUCAGAAUCAUUUACCCGUGACCAGAUUUGUCGAGG